GUCGAAAACAGUGAAUUCCAGCCAACUUGGGCCUGUGACGCCCGAGCUCAAAGGGGGCAGCCCGGAACCCUUGUCGCGCUCCAACUCGCGUCGGGUGCAGCGCCGGCUCGUUGCCAGAGCGUGCGUCGCCUUUUUGCGCCGCCGCGCCGCGGAGCCUCUGCGAACGAGGCACGACUGCAGUCGCGCAUCGAACAGCCAUUCCCGCCGCCCGACGCGCGCCGCCACUUACAAGGGACCAUGCCCAAGAAGCCCGCCUCCAAGAAGGCCUCCGUAAAGAAAGAGCCGGCACCGGCGCCGGUGCCGCCCGCCAAGGCGCCCUCGCCGCCCAACGCGCCGCCCCUCCCCAUGAUGCCGCCGUUCGGUUUGGUGCCCGGCUUCCCGCCGCUCAUCCCGCCGCCGCCGGGCGUCGAUCCGGCCGUCUGGGCCGCGGCCGCCGCGCAGCAUGCCGCUCAACAGCCCGGUGGAGAACCGAAGAGCAAAGAACAGUCCAUGAAGGACGCCGCCGCGGCCUUGCAGAGCGCGGCGCAACUUUCCAAAAGAAGGAGGUGCAUGGUGGCUGUGGAUGAGGUGCCCGGGUUUGUUAGAACUGUUUAUACUCUACUGAGAGUCUGCGACGACUCCAUCAUCGGGUGGUCGGAAGAUGGAACUCAAAUACUGAUCAAAGAACCGGACCGCUUCGCCGCCGAGGUCUGCCCGAAGUUCUUCCGGCAUCGGAAUUUCAACUCGUUCACACGGUUACUAAACAUGUACCAGUUCCACAAGGUCCCUUCUGUCCAAAGGGACUCGAAGGACGUGUGUUUUGAACAUCCGCAUUUUCAAAGAGGUAGAGAUGAUCUGUUGCCGCUCGUGCAGCGCAAGGGCGCCCAGACGAUGAGGGAUGAAUUGAUGGCCCGCGAGAUGUACGCGCGGCCGCCGUUCCCCCCGGGUUCGGGUGUCGAGCCCGUGCAUGCUGUCGGCCCGGGCCAGUGGACGAGACGGAUGGCGGAGCUCGAGAGCGACGUGCGCGCGUUGAAGGCGGAGAACGAGCGCCUGAAGCGGUUGGAGGCGGAGCGCGAGGCGUUGAAAUGUCAAGUUCGGACGCAAGACGACUUGAUUUCAUUAUUACAAGGCGCGCAAGGGAAUCAUGCCGCUCUGGUCGAUAAGAGCGCCAUUCCCGGUCCUACGUCGGUUCCUGGGCUGGAAGCGGCCAAGAGGCUGGGUUUACCCCCACCUCCCGAAGCGCUGAAGGAAGCUUUAGCACAGAUGGGCAAUGGUCCCCUGAUGAUGAUGAUGUCCAUGAUGUCCGGGGCCUUGCAGGAGGGCCUCGCUCGAGCGGAAGCGGAGGCCCAGGCCCCGAAGGACGCCGCGGCUUUGCUCCAAGGAUUGGCGGCGUCGACGCCGCGGAAGACUGAACGUUCAGAAGAUACGGACACGCCGGUGGCGAAGAAGGCGAAGGUCUAGUCACUAGUCGUAGUAACAGACAACAUACUUAAACUCCAUUGGCGUCGCGUCGAUGGCGUGACCCCAGGCGCCUCCUCAUCCUCGCCGUCCACAGGUACCGCUCGA